AUGGAAAAGGAAGCAGGGCUCAAAAGACUUCAUGCAUCUAACACUGAGAAGAUCAAUAAUGCAGUGGUACCAAAAUGGUUGAUUGUUAUGCUGAAAACCAGAUUCUUCAACACUUGCAUGGCUCAUCAUGGCUUCAAGAAGAACGAAAUGGAUAGAUUUUGCAUCGACUGCCAUUCUGCUUUCUGUCAGAAUUGUCUUCCAUCUCAUACUCCUCACAAACACGUUAAGAUUCGAAGAUACAUCUACAGUGAUGUAAUAAAGAGGCAAGAUCUGUGCAAGCUCUUCAACUGUUCAGGCAUACAGACUUAUCUAACAAACAAAGCCAAAGUACUGUUCUUGAAGCAAAGGAAUCAGCAUCGACAACGAGAUCAGCAACGCCAUGUGUUUAAGGGUUAUAGGUGUGCCGUUUGCGAGAGACGUUUACAGGAUAAUAAUUCUCUUUACUGCAGUAUUGCAUGCAAGGUUUCAGCCAUAGAUGAAGGAUGCAGUAAGAGGCACAAACUAAAGCAAUCAAGAAAAGGAAUCCCAUUAAGGGCGCCGAUGGUUUCCUUGACCGCUUCUAUGGCAAAUGAAGCUUCUUUGCAUGGAAAUAAGAGAAGCAAAUAG